AUGAAGUUUUCUGCAGCUGUAUUUGGUAUUAUAUUGUCAUUAUCUGGUGUUGCUAGGUGCUGGUUUAUGUCUAGCGAUAAUCAAAAUACAUCAGCAAAGUUUUUUUCGAGUGAGGAGGAUGCAGCAAGAGCCGUUGAUAGUGAGGAAAGUGGUGAUGACGGCACAGCUGGGUUUAUAGGCAUGGGCUCUAAUCCAGACGCCAAUGAUGCAAAGCUUCUUGGGAUGUCGGAUGAGAAUAGCAAUGCCUAG